AAUCUGCUCGAUAAUGCUGCCAACAGUGCCAACGCAAGAGCGUGAAGCACAGCGGCAAACAUCUUUUCAACUUCACAUGGAAACAUCGGAGUUUUUGUUUACGAUUGAUAAUUUGACAGUCGUUGUGGAAUUUAGCAAGGUCUUUUGAGAUAUGGAAAAUAACUCGCUUAAGGAGCAACCCGUCGAAAACACAGAUGUCAACCAGGACGAGUUAAUACUUCAGCAACAAAGACGUAUCGAGAAGGAGAUUUCGGAAUCUAUAGCAUUGGUUGGCGAGAAGGAACCACUGAAGAGCUUAGAACAAGAAUAUGCGGAAGACGAUGUGUAUCUUUCGAAGGCGAAAGCCUUGGCUCAAAAGUAUUCUUACAUUAGGAGAACUAGACCUGACGGCAAUUGUUUCUUCAGAGCAUUUAGUUAUGCUUACUUGGAGAAAUUAAUUGGGAACAAAGAGGAGUACGAUAAGUUUCGUGAUCUAGCUUUAAAAAGCAAGGAUAGCCUUGUAGCUCUAGGUUUUCCCCAAUUUACAGUCGAAGACUUUCAUGACACGUUUAUGGAAGUCAUUGAUAAAGUAGGCGGUGAUACGGAGUCCAGUCACAUGGAAUUACACAAAUUGUUCAAUGAACAAGGUUAUUCCGAUUACGUUGUUGUGUAUCUUAGAUUAAUCACAUCUGGUCAGUUGCAGCGCGACGCUGACUUCUACCAACAUUUUAUCGAGGGGGAACGCACUAUCUCGGAAUUCUGUCAUCAAGAAGUCGAACCAAUGUAUAAGGAAUCUGACCAUAUUCACAUUAUAGCAAUGAGUAGUGCCCUAGGAACUGGUGUUAGAGUUCGUUACAUGGACAGGGGUGCAGGAACCGAGGUGACUGCCCAUGACUUUCCCGAAGGUGCUAUACCAGCUGUGCACUUACUAUAUCGUCCUGGUCACUACGAUAUUCUUUAUCCUUGAUGAAUCUGACGUUAUACAGGUUUUUUUUUUAAUACGACAAAAAUGAUUUCUAAUGGCCAGAUCUACUUCAAACUUUAUUUUCAAAAGUGUUUCAGUUAUAAGCAAUGUUACCUUUAAUCUAAAAAAAAAAAGAGAACCAAAUAAGUCAAUUCGUGUAUACAUUUUAUCCAAGUGCAUUUGCGUAUGAGUUCGUCGAUAUAUCCUGUUGUUUAUAAGCGUCAUUUUAAACUUUAAGACUAAUUAUCUGGAAUAAAUAUCAAAGAAAUCGA